UAAAACCCCCUACUUCCUUCUCCAAGCUCUCCCUCUCAUCUCACUCACCCCGCCGUUCAACUCAGUCCUCUCUCUCAGUCGCUCACGGCUCCCACCUGACUCAGUCUUUGUCAGCCAUUCACCCCGUUCCUUUUGUAAUAUCUCAAUGUUACUCACUCCGCAGGCAGCCAGCUCUCAGCUUCCCAUCGUCGACGUCGCAAGAAGAAACCUCUCAGCCUCCCAACGUCGGCGUCUCACUCGGCAAGCACCAAUCAUCUUUUCUUUGUAUUCUAAAAAUGGAUCUAAUGUGCUAAAGAGAAAACAUCCUUUUUCUUACAGGACUCAGAUUCAUUUCCCCUCGAAGUUCUUCCUCUGCAGAGCAAAGUUUGCUGAUUCCGAGUUAGAUGGAUCUUUCAGCUCAAGAGUGGUGCCUCCAACCCUGAUAGCAGCAGAAAAAGAAGAAGCUAAGGCUGUUUUAACCUUGUUCUUCAAGAAGCAGGGUCUGAGCAAUGCAGUUGCUGCGAGGAUCAUCAAUAAAUCAGACCUUUUCAUUGACCACCUUGUGUCAAGGCUUCAUUCUGUUCAUAAAUCUCGGUAUCUCGUAGGAAGAGAACUCACAACUCUUGAGAUCAGGGAUGCUCUUAUUCCUUACCUUGAGUCUCUCCUUGAAGAGCAUGGAAAUAUUCUGGCGGAUGUGGUCGAAAAUUUUCCAGAUCCGCCUAUUAAAGAUAAACCUAUAACACUGGAAUCCCCGCCUGAUUCCAAGAAGGUAAAAGCUGUAUCUCGGGUUAGUGAGACGGGUCCUGCAGGGGAGCUCCGUCCUCAAGUCAUCUACCUCAUGGAGCUUGGCAUGGAUCUUGAGAAGAUUAAGUUAAUUACACGCAGAUUCCCAGCUUUUGCCUACUACAGUCUGGAGGGGAAAAUCAAACCUGUUGUUGAGUUCCUUCUUGAACUUGGCGUACCAAAGUCUGACAUUCCCAUCAUUCUAGGUAAGAGGCCUCAACUUUGUGGAAUCAGUCUCUCCGAAAAUCUUAUACCCACCAUGACAUUCUUAGAAAAUUUGGGUGUUGACAAGAAACAGUGGGCAAAAGUAAUAUACCGGUUUCCUGCACUUCUCACUUAUAGCAGGCAAAAAUUUAAUACAACUGUGGAUUUCCUCUAUGAAAUGGGCCUUUCACCAGAGGAUGUUGGUAAGAUUCUAACACGCUCUCCAACCAUAAUAAGUUACAGUGUUGAGGACAAGCUACGCCCUACAGCUAAGUAUUUCCGGUCAUUGGGUGCUGAUGUUGCUCUUCUUCUUUUACGUUGUCCACAGACAUUUGGUCUUAGUAUUGAGGCAAAUCUGAAGCCGGUAACAGAAUUUUUUAUUGAUAAAGGAUAUACUGUGAAGGAAAUUGGGACUAUGAUUUCUAGAUAUGGAGCAUUAUAUACUUUUAGCUUGGCAGACAACCUGAUACCAAAAUGGGAUUUUUUUUUAACCAUGGAUUAUUCAAAGUCGGAGCUUGUUAAAUUUCCUCAAUAUUUUGGCUACAGCUUGGAGGAGAGAAUUAAACCAAGGAUUGCAGCUGUAAAGGAGUCUGGUGUAAAAUUGCUGCUCAAUCAGGUUUUGUCAUUGUCGAGUCAUGACUUUGAGAAGGCCUUAAAGAAGAAAAUGAAGAAGCAGCUUACCGAUCAAGUUUGACCAAUCCAUACAGAGAGUGUUGAUGAUACCGUGUGAUUGCAUUUUAUCAAGAAUGAGGCUUUUGCAGGUAUUUUAAGAGUUCAUUUUCUGACAUCGAUGGAGAAAAGCACAACAAGAAGGAAGAAAAGGUGUGCUUUUAUCAGACUAUAUCCAACUUGAGAUGCAACUCACGAUUUGCUAAAAAAACUGUGGCUACAGCAUCCACUUUCUUAGGAGUUGAACUUUUUUAUUUAUAACCUUGUCAUAUGUUUCUGUUCA